UCAAAUUCAAAUCCUGAUAGUCGUUUUAGCAUUCAAAUUCAAAAAUCAAAAAUUAGACGAAAAAUACUCAUCAUGUUUUCAAGAACGAGCAUACCUUAUUCCACUCUCAAUCAUUCCACUGCUACAGAGAACGUAUUGCCCGCUGUGAUAGAAUAUAGUACCGUUCUCUUCCUGUACCUUUAGCUUAUUUUGGUAUUUUUGAAGUAAAACGGAACCAUCGUUGUAUCCUUUGAUGCAGUGCUGUAACUAUCACCACCUAGUACAAGGAAAAAAUGGAGUCAACAACUAAAAUGUAGUAACGAGCAUCGUCCUCGCGGCCGACACAGAAAUUGGAAGCUUCUUAGCUGCUUCCUGCAGUGGUCAAAUUGUUCAAGGCUUGAAGAGCGUUGAUGACCACGACCAGCACAAUUUGGAGCUACAUCGAGGCCGAUGAUAAACGGCAGAAAGAAGCCAACCUCGCUGGUGUUUGGAUUGCCACCAUCGCGGUCCAAAGAACAAGAUGGUGCUGCUGCUGGACCACCUGGAAUCCAUGACGAACCAGGACGUCGAGUUGGGUCGACUGCCGCCCAACACGAUGGCUUGGUAUCGAUUCAGCAUCGAGCGGAGGUUCUCCGGCAAAAGCGGCAACAAGCUCUAUUGGAUGACGACAUGCGACUACGACAACUACGGGCAGAAGAGAUCCGACUUGAAGUGGGUGGAGUAGAUGAUGGCGGGUAUGGGUUCUUUAUUCCGCAAGAUCCAUAUAAUAAAAAUGCGGCUCCUGGUGUGUCAAGAGGAAAAGGAGAUAGAGGAGAAGCAUCGAAUACGAAAAGGUGGAAUGGAGCAGGAUAUCUUCAACCUCAAGGAACACUCAACGGCGUAAAUGUCGUGGACCACGAAGAUGAACUCUUAAUGUCCUCCUCUGGUCUCGAUGAAGAUGACGACGACGACGACUGCUUGAUUCGAGACGAGAUUGAGGAUUCUUUUUCAUACCGUCAAUUGCCUAGUCAUGGUGCUUUUGAACAGCAACAGACGAAGACCUUUCGGUCACCAGAUAGUGGUGGAAGACUGAGGCCUUUUCGUAUACCAUUCUCUGCAACAGACAGUUGCAAUGACACGUCUAUGGUGGCACCGCAACCGGGACCACAUCAGCAACCACCAGGACAGGAACAAGAUGUUGGUCGUCGUGCUAGUAACGCCUUCGCUCCUAUUUCGCGUGGUGGAGGAGGAACCAGAUCAAGUCUCUUGAUCGAACAACCAAACGAUCCCCAAGAACAAUCCUCAACAUCGUCUUCAAGUAGUAACGCCUUUCCCACUACGAGCACACGAUCUCCAAUAUCUUUCUCAGCCCGACGACAACAAGAACAACAGCCUUUUCCCAACACGAGGACUAACCACCACCGAGACCUAGCGACAACACCCAACGGGAAGCAGGAGAUGGGCUAUCAACAUGACCCCCCAACACCCUCUAGUCCCUCCCGACCAGGAUCCAAGAAGCCCAAUCACGUCGUCAGACAGCUAAUUGGCUUCGAGAAGCUCAGAAAUUUGGUCGAAGAACGCGCACGGCAUGUUAAGAGGAAGACCGCUGCAGCAGUGACCUUGGAAGGAGCUCUUUUUCUCAAUGCACAUUCGAAAGCGAUGAAUGGCUUGACAUCAUCUUCCAGUUCUCCUAGUUGUAGUAGAGGUGGAACAUCUUCAGGGACUAGAAUUAAGGCUAGCAGAAAUCCAUCUUAGCCGGCAUCUUCGGCUCGUUUUCUAAGGGGAAACGGGCACCAAGAUGCUCCACAGGAUGGAUUUCUUCUAGCUCUAAUAGAAGAAGUGCUGUUGAUGUCUUCUACUCGAACCUGGAGAAAGAAGCCGCACAGUAUGGGAAAGCUGCUCAGUGUGAAACCGAGCGCGUAUUUCAAGAAGCCUUUGCGGAAAUAGCCAAGAUACAGCAGAAGGAAGCCGCAAUACAACAGGAGGACGCAAGACGAAGGGAAGCAGAACGACGACGGAAGGAAGCCUUAGAAUUGGAGGAGGAAGCGAGGAGAAAAAAGGAAGCUGAAGAGGAACGUCAACGUCAGAGAGAACAAGCUGCAAGACAGGAAGAAGAAGAAAGAGCACGUGCUGAACAAGAGCAAAGAAUACGACAAGAAAAACAAGCGGCUGAAGAACAAAGAGCAAAAGACCAAGGUGCCAAAUCAGAUGCACCCCCUGCUGUUGUACCACAGGAAUCUACUUCAUCUAUUGUCGCAGCACCCAGUGCUGCUGCUCCUGCAGCAAGUACUGUGGUCACAGCUCCAGUCUUGCCUCCUUCAGAAUCUCUAGUGCUUGCACCAGGUGCUUCGACAGCAGCUGUUGUAGGAGGAUCAGUGAUCGCGCCGAAUGAACAAGACGGGCAUAUGCUAAACCCGGCGACACUAGCUGAGAAAGCAGCACUGCUUGAGGAGAAAUUGGAACCAUAUUUAAGGGUGUGACGAUCAUGAUCUUAUAUGACUGAGUACCUGUAAUAAAUAGUCCUUUUCGACUCUCGUCCUACUGGUUCAAGAAAUUUAAUAAAUUUAAUAAUGCCUUUCUACUUCAGGGGUCACAAAUAAUAUGAAUGUUGAUAAUAUAAUCUUCCCUCUUCUAAUGCUUAGUCGCAGCAAGGAGCCUUUGAUCAAGCAAAAGCGGUUGCAAUUGAAGAAAGCAGUCACCUCGCAGAUUGGCAAAGUCAGUCGUCAGGCACCCACGACUAUCGCGUGUCAAGACGCUAUGAAGCAAUUGCUAGAUCAAGCAGAACAACCCGAGGCUGCACAAGCUGACCCCUUAUUUGCUGAAUUUGUCAAGUACAAAAUUGCAGACGGCUUGUGCGAGCAAUGGAGCAACAUCCCAGCAAGAGACUGUGCAGCCGUGUGGCCUUUCUGCUAUGUGAUGCACAGAUUGUGCAGAAUUAAGAAAUUCCGCAAACCAGGAGGAUUUCGAGACGUGCUUUUGGGCAUGCUGCAUCAUAGGUGUCCAUAUACGAUACCAGCAACUGAAGCUUCAGUGCAGUCUAGAAACAACGGGCAGGAGGAGGAGGAGGCCGAAAGUGCCUUUUUUCACAGGCAGACGAAUCUCUUGCGGUUUUAUCUUGGUAUUUACUUAUGAAUAAUUUAUGUUUGUCUCUCUGUCUCUCUUUCCUCUGUCUUCUAGACGACGUUCCUUCGUCUUCUAGACGACGUCCUCUGAAGACAAAUCAAUAUUAGCACUUUCGUUUUUUUGAACUACGACGAUUUACCAUCCGACGAUCACUUCCUCGUCAAUAUUGUUUCACUCAGGCACACUCGUCCUAGCAAACGACGCAGGAAGACUAUGGACUUGGGUCGUUACUCUACUGAACCACCCGCCAACCGGACGUUUUGCGCCUUUUGCGCUGUUUAUCUUCCUAGAAGUAGCAGGCGCAUUUGCGAUGAAGCGAUUUGGUGACCAGUUUACGCAGAAAAUUUAUCGGUAUUAGUUUCCUCGAGGACCACUUGUUUUUGUUUUUACACGAACACGACUGUGUUAUCAAUAAAUUAUAAGUCGUGCAUAGAGUAGAUGAUUGAGCAAGAUGAAUGUUUCCGCGUCAAACCAUGUCAACAUUUCAAUAGAGUAAACAUGAUUUUAAUGCAUCUGCUUCAUCAACUACAUGAUUAUGAUCACCAAACCAUCAAUGCAGUGAUUACAUCCCCCGCACCUUUCUGCCUGCCUGUACCGAGCGUCUCACAGUAGUUGGUGAUAAAGCGGAGGUCACAACCAAGGUUGCCGUGAUCAAGACGUGGUUAGAAGCCUGUAAUAAGGGAGAAGAUAUGACCCCAGAAGGCAUCGUAUUACAGGCUCAUGGAGAAAGCGAUAUUCGGGAUGAUAUCUAAAUGAUGUUGUAAUGCGAAGGACUCGGGGGGCUAGCCUAGGGUUCAGUGAUGAGAAGUACGCGGCUUUUCUUGGCACUACUAUAGAAUGUGAACAACAUGAUAAGAAUGAUUGUGAACAUGAAUCAUUCCACAUGUAGCUGAAUGGAUUUUUCACCUCAACACCUAAACACCCCAUCAAUCCCAAGCUUCACCUUUUUUCUCCGAAGAUCAAUCAUGGUGUUACAACUUCGCAGGCCUGAAGGCCAAGAAUAACUACUGAUGUAUAUGAAUCAUAACAAGAAAGUAUUCU